AUGGAAAGUAAUAAGAAACGGUAUAUAAGAAUGAAUAAGACCCAAAGUACGUUUUACUAUAUUUCUGUCUUUUCUGUCAUUGUCUUUUCUGUCUCUUUCUCUCCAUUAAAAUAUCUUUCUAUCUCCUUUCCCUUUAUGUCUUUGCAUAUCUUUCUGUCUCUCUCUCUUUCUAUCACUAUGGGAAUAUCUUUCUGUCUCCUGGAUCUCUUUCACAGCAAUCUUUGGAUAUCUUUUCAAUUUUCAUCACCAUUUAUCUAUCUAUCUCUUUUUGUUUAUCAAAUCUUUAAAAAAUCUUUUUUUUAUUUCUAUCAAAAAUCUUUCUGUAAUCUUUUCUUUCUUCACAAUCUUCAAACUAUUUUCUUAUUCUUUUUUUCUUUGCUGUUAUAUCUUUUGGGACAAUUUUGCUAUCAUCCCGAUCAAUAUCUUUCUUUCUUUUAUUUCUCUAUCACUAUUUUUCUUUCUUUUUUUUGCCAUUCCCGUUUCUGUCUCUUUCUUUCUUUUCGCUUGAUCUUUUCAUCUCUUUCUCUUUUCAUGAACCGAACCCUUUAUUUUCUGUUCUCUUUUAUCUCUUUCUAUCAAUCCACAAUCUCUUUCUCUUCUGGAUCUUUUUUCCCUUUUCUAUCCCUAUCUUUCUGUCUCUUUCCCUUUUCUUUCAUUAUCUUUUCUUUAUCUCUCUCUCUUUUUUUUUCUCGUCUCUGUCUAUCUUUUUGCCUAAAUCAACCCUUCUUCCUUUUCUUUCUUUUUUUCUUUCUUUUCUUUUCCUUCUUUCUUUUUCUUUCUUUUUUUUCCCUUUAUCUCCCAAUGGAUUUAUUCCUUCUCCAUCCGGUUCAAUUCAAAAUCGUCUGUGUCCCUCAUCGUUCUACUUCAGGGCCGGUCAGGCAGUAA